ACACCCUCUAUAUUGUCCUAUAUACAGUCUGUUGUUCUAUUUUUACACGUGCAUCCUGUUGCAAUCCAUAUACAUAAUGCCGACUGAUCAGAAACGCAUCAAUGGACCAGAAGCUUCUGUUCCAUAUGAUAUUUAUAUCCAUUCGGAAUUAAAGGACAAAGGGAUACAAUUUAAUGCUCCAAAAAGACAUGACGGCCGGUCAAAUGACGAGCUUAGAAAUAUAUUUUUAAAAAUAGGUAUAGUUAGCCAGGCUAAAGGUUCCGCAUACAUCGAAAUGGGCAAUACCAAAGUCAUCUGCUCGGUAUUCGAUCCUAGAGAAGUGCCUAAUAAAACUGGUUAUUGCGUGCAAGGGGAAUUAUUUUGUGAAUUCAAAUUUGCACCCUUCUCUCAUCGCAAACGGAAACUGUAUCAGCAAGAUGCCGAAGAGAAGGAAUAUAGUUUAAUAUUGCAAAGAGCUUUGGAACCAGCUGUGUGUUUGCAAGAGUUUCCCAAUUUCCAAGUUGACGUUUAUGCAACAGUUCUUGAUAAUGGUGGGUCUGCAUUAGCUGCGGCGAUAAUGGCAGCUAGUUUAGCCUUAGCAAACGCUGGUGUGCCAAUGUUUGGUUUAGUCACUGCGUCCACUAUAGGCAUAUACGAUCACACGUAUUUAGUGGAUCCAACAGACAAGGAAGAAACUACGUGUUGUACAAAAUCUGUAUCAGGCACAGUUCACGAUCAUGGGAUUAUAAUACAGGCUGCUCUUUCACAACACGGCCAAGUUUCUGAAAUGUUUGUAGUAGGAAGUAUCGAUACAGAUACCAUUGUACAUUCCAUGGAUAUUUUAAACAAGGCUCACAAAGAUAUAAGUCCCUUGUUGGAACAGUGUCUUGUAAAGACCGUGUUCAAAGCAUUUCGCCCAAAAAUUAAAAAAGCAGAUACAAAAUAAAGAAGAUAUAGUAUUGAA